AUGGGAUAUAAUGAGAAACAAAGCAGCGGAACUGGCUUUAGGUCCAGGGUUUAAUUUGAAGGGCCUUUAGUCUAUGGAUACCCAUGUUUCUCUUCAGCCCCAGACAGGUUUACAGGCUUGUUUUUCAAGUUCUUCCAAAAAUCUAUUCUGCUUUCCAGAUUAACUAGCCGCGUUGGUAGGAAAACCACUAGCACCAGGAAAUGCGCCACUUUCUUCGGGUUCCCAUAACAAGUCAAAGCCAUCCGGUCUAAAGAGUGGCUCGAAAGGGCAACAUACGACCAUUUAGGCUACCUUUGGGCAGAAUCAGAGAUGGCCAGCCAAAGCGAGGUGAUUGACAGGUUGAGGGCUACGUUCAGGUCAGGCGUGACCUUUCCAGAGCAGUUCCGUAUGACCCAGCUCCAGAACCUUCUCUCCCUGGUCGAAGAAAACGAGCAGCUGAUACAAGAUGCUCUCCACAAGGACCUCCAUAAGCCCAAGUUUGAGUCGGUCCUGUCAGAGAUUCAGAUAACCCUGAAUGACCUGUACUUCGCCAUGGAAAACCUCAGGACCUGGAUGCAGCCGGAAUACAACAUUGGCAAGAAUCUGGCCACUAGGAUGGAUGACUGUUUCAUACGCAGGGAACCCUUGGGGGUAGUUUUAAUCAUCGGGGCGUGGAACUACCCUCUACAUCUUAUUCUCUUACCUUUGGUUGCUGCAAUUGCUGCAGGAAACUGUGCCAUUCUGAAGCCGUCAGAGAUCUGUCAGGCCACCGAGCAACUCCUGGCAGUACUCAUCCCUAAAUACCUGUCUCAGGACUGCUAUGCAGUACUAUGUGGUGGAGCAGAGGACACCAAGUCAUUGCUGAAGAAUAAAUUUGACCACAUUUUCUACACAGGUUCCCAGGGGGUGGCCCGUUCCAUCCUGCUAGCAGCAGCGCCUCACCUGACCCCCGUCACCCUGGAGCUGGGUGGCAAGAGCCCCUGCUUCAUCUACGGCCAUAUCGACAUCCAGAAGGCCGCCAAGCGCCUGUGCUGGUCCAAGUUCUUCAACACUGGCCAGAGCUGUGUGGCACCAGACUACGUCCUCUGUACAGCCCAGACCCAGGACGCCCUACUGCCCGCUCUCCGGGAGACCCUGCGGACCUUCUACGGGCCGGACCCCGGAGCGAGCCUGGACAUGGGGCGCAUAGUUACCCCACGCCACUGGAGACGCCUGGUGGACAUGCUGGAGAAGUCCAAGGGGAAGGUGGUGAUCGGAGGGGAGAGCCGCGAGGAGGACAGGUAUAUUGCUCCCACAGUGUUGGUGGACGUGCAGGAAUCUGAUGCUCUAAUGCAGGAGGAGAUCUUUGGCCCCAUCCUGCCCAUCCUAACCAUAGAGUCUCUGGAGGAGGGCAUAGACUACAUCAACCGGCAAGAGAAACCCCUGGCCCUCUACGUCUUCUCUGACGAGACCUCGGUAGUGACCACAGUGUUGAACAACACCAGUAGUGGUGGUUUCUGCGGCAAUGAUGGUAUAGUACACAUGGCCUUGCCAGGCCUGCCCUUUGGAGGAGUAGGUGCCAGUGGGAUGGGUAGCUACCACGGCCGUUGGGGCUUUGAGACAUUCAGCCACAGGCGGGGCUGUAUGAACCGGAGCUGGUUGCUGGAGAGGGUCAACGUCCUGCGCUACCCGCCCUACAGCGACUACAACCUGGGCUGGUUGCGCUGGGCCACCACCUUCAAGAAGAACAGCUGGGGAGGCUGCUCAGUCAUGUGAGAGUGGCACCCGGUGCGUGCCUGACUGUACUUCCAAAGCCGAUGGGCUUUUCUUAAAGGUCCAAUGCAGCCGUUUUUAUCUCAAUGUCAAAUCAUUUUUGGGGUAACAAUUAAGUACCUUACUGUGAUUGUUUUCAAUUAAAAUGGCCAACAAGUAACA